AUGCCGGGCAAAACACUCCCUACAAUCACCCGCACAGAGGUGGAACAACACAACAGCCGCAAGUCGUGCUAUGUGACAAUCGGCGAACGUGUUUUCGAUGUGACGGACUUUAUCGACGAUCAUCCUGGUGGCGGCGAGUUGAUCCUCGAGUAUGCCGGCAAAGACGUCAAGGAAAUCUUGGAAGAUGAAGCCUCACACUUCCACACCGAGACCGCCUAUGAGAUCCUGGAAGAGAGUUUGAUUGGUUUCGUACCCACAGAUGCCGUUCUCAAAACCGCAGUGGACUCGUCGCGCCCUGACCACGUCGUCCCAUUGCCUGCAACAGCCCAAGGCAACCAACAACUGAGAGCCAAUGGCGUCCAAGCCGAAAAGCUGCCUUCUCGACCGCUCUAUGAGUCGACGGGCAUGUCCUCAGAAGAUGAUCUUUCAAAAGAGACGGAUCUGGAUCAAGAUUGGAAGACACAUAAAUUCCUCGACCUGAACCGGCCACUUUUCCCGCAGAUGAUCUUCAGCAAGUUCUCAAAAGAAUUCUACCUUGAGCAAGUCCACCGACCGCGACACUACAAGGGUGGCGACUCUGCGCCUCUGUUUGGAAAUUUCCUUGAGCCGCUCAGUAAGACUGCUUGGUACGUGGUUCCGACCAUUUGGCUGCCCCCAGUCAUCUACGGCUCAGUGCUCGGAAUCAUGAACCUUCCAAAUCCGGCCGUGGGAAUCGCCUAUUGGUGUCUGGGUCUCUUCUUAUGGACACUGGUUGAAUAUCUCCUGCACCGCUUUCUGUUUCACAUUGACAGCUUCCUACCCGAUCACCCGCUCUUCCUAACUCUACAUUUUAUCCUGCACGGCAUCCACCAUUACCUGCCCAUGGACAAAUAUCGGCUUGUCAUGCCGCCGGCGCUGUUCCUCAUUUUGGCGCCACCGUUCUACAAACUUGCGCAUUUCGUGUUCUGGUACAACUGGUACGCCGCCGUCACUGUCUUCAGCGGUGGAAUCUUCGGCUACGUCUGCUACGACUGCACGCACUACUGGUUGCAUCAUCAUCAAUUGCCCGCCUACGUGAGGGAUUUGAAGAAGUAUCAUUUGGCACAUCAUUAUCAGAACUUCGAGCUUGGAUUCGGCGUGACGUCCAAAUUCUGGGACUACGUGUGGGGCACCGAGCUCAAAUACACAAAGCCGAUCAAGUCAUCCUAA